UUGCGAUUCUCGUGUAACCAAUCUUUCAAGUCUAGGGUUUCGCGAGUUCGUGGUCUGUGAUCGUGUGAGAGAAUGUCUCGGUGUUACCCGUUCCCUCCACCUGGCUUUGUACCGAACCAAAUCAAAAAGGAUGAGUCUCUGAUCGAAUCGAUCAAAAAGGGGACAAAGGAGGAGGCUAAGAGAGAAAAGAAAGAUAGAAAACACAACAAGGAUAAAAAAAGGAAGGAGAGGGAUAAUGAGGCUGGCCGAAGUAGAAAGCAUCUUCAUCAUAAGAGAUGGCGUAAAGAUGACAAUACCAGUGCUUGUAAGAAGGUCGAUGACAAUGUCAGUGAGCCUGAGUGCAUGGAGAAGAGUUGCCUUACGAUGGAACUUGACCAUCAAACGUCUUCUCAGACAUCUUGUGAUAGUAAUCUUCAUGGCAAUGAGAAUGAGGGACAGAAUCAUAUUCAGAGUCAGCCCCUCGAUGGUAGGCAUAACGACUCUGGUGAGUUUGUUUGUUUACUUGUUCUUGGGUCUGUCUGCUUUACGAUGAUGACACUCUUUCUUCAAAUUGUUGCUAUGGGUUUUGAAGAAACUAGCAAAAGGCAGAAAUAUCCUGAGGUGAUGAUGAGCAACGAGGAUCAGAAACAGUGCUCUUCUCGGGAAGAUGCUUCUCAGCCUGCUCCUAAGGAGUCCGUCGAACCUCCACCACGAGAUGCUUUAAUGGUCUGCCAAGAGAAGAGGAGAGAUCCAGUUUUUGAUGCAGCAAUAGAUAUCUCAACAAAACUUAGCAAAGAGAAGCAAACAAACAGACAAAGUAGUAUGCAACUAGGUAAAGAGAAACAGUUAUCUAGACAUCAUGAAGCCAAUGGACCUUCAAAGCUCUGCAGAAAACGCCCUUCUUCCACGGCCAUGCGAUUCUCGAAUCUCAUCGAGAACUGGUCUCCUGAUCAGGUUGAGAGCAAGCUCACCGACUCUGAAGAUCAAGAAUGGUGGUUGUUGAUGAAAGUUAGCGCCAAAAGACAUCAUCCAGUUAGCAAUCAGACUAGCAGCAGUGGAAGUAGUUCGAUGGUGUGGCCAAGUGCUCGGUUUCUUCCAGAAGCCGAACUACACGCAUUGCCAUUCACUGUCCCGUUCUGAUUUCCUCAGAGCUUUUGGUUCAGUGAGUUGUUGACAUGACAAACAGAUUGUUUCCCCUAUGCAUUUUAGAUUAGCAUUUGAACUCGGAAGUAUAUGUGUGAUUAUUUGUAGAUGCACAGCAUAUAUAUAUAUAUAGUAAAUAAAUCAAAGUCAAUUUUACAUGUCAGAGAUUUGAGUUUCUACAGUUAUUAUUUCUUGGAUAAAC